AUGGCAAACGAUCGCGAGCGGCGCGGGCGCGGAGCGGCAACGCCGCGCGCGCCCUCACAGUUUCUUCACGAUGUCAAACUUGGACUUGAGGUCCAUCGGCACCUUCUUGGGGUCGACCUUCUUCUUGGCGGCGAGGUGGGCGCGCAUCUCGGCCGCCGUCAUGGCGAGGUUGAGGCGGGGCGCGUCGGGAGCGUCUGGAGCGUCCGGGCGGCGGGGGCGGCGGGGGCGCGCGGCGGCGACGGCGGCGGCGCCUCCAGCUCGGCGGGCAGCGCCUCCCCCGGCGCCGGCGCCACCACCAGCAGCUCCGCGUCGUCCGGCCGCUGCUUUAUGCGCGCCACAACCUGCUUGUGCGUCUCCCCCGCGAUGCUCUGCCCGUUCACCUCGAGAAUGCGAUCGCCGCGCCGCAGCCCAGCCACCUCCGCAGGCGAGCCCUCGUCGACCUUCCCGAUAGCCGCGGCUCCGCGGCCGCCGACCCGUUCGCGGACAUCGCUGCGACUGCGCGCGCCCGGGGCCGCGGCGCCGCGCGCGCCUUUCGUCAGGCACCACCGCGCCCUCCCCGCGCUCUCCCCGCGCCCUCCCCGCGCCCUCCCCACGCCCCCGGCGCUCCCCCCGCGCGGCCCUGACGGCCGGUCGUUCGCGGGGCGGCGGGGCGCGGACGGCGCGGGUGCGCCCAGUGAGCAGCGGGUCGCCGCCGAGGUGCGAGCUAUUGUCGCGAGUGUAGUGAGAGCGUGUAUUGCCCUGUUGAGCCGUCAACUAGUACAGAUAACAUACAUAAGGAAGACU